AUGGCUAAUGUGAAUGUGACAGCUACUAUUGAACCCUACCGUAAGGGUAUGCCUUUCGGGGAAUGGGUAGAGCGCCUGGAGUUUUAUUUUGCCUUGAACAAAGUUUCCAUUGAGACUAAAAGGGCAUACUUUGUAACCCUUAGUGGCCCAGUUAUAUUUCAUGAACUGAAACUUUUGUUCCCGACUAGUAAUUUGAAUACGGUGUCCUAUGACGACAUGAUAGCCAAGCUACGGGAGAAAAUUAUUGCGACGUGGGAAAUAGCCGACAAAAACGCAAAAAAACUAAGUGGAACUAACGAUGACCAGUACGGUCAGAUCGCAUCAUUGACGCAACCACCUCCAAAACCUGGAUCAACCAUGCAAAAAUUGCUCGCAGUUUAUAAUGCAGCUAACGUGGGCACCUCGGGAACUCGGGUUUCACCCCGUGUUCCAAUCAAAGAUAGAUUGGGAUAUAGACCAUACACUAGGAAAUUUGAUGAUAACGUUAGACCGAGAGGACACUACUGGAGGGAGACUGAAAAGUUCAAGCCGGGUGGUUGGAGACAAAAGCCUAAUUAUGCGGACAUGACGUGCAACUUCUGUGGUGUGAAAGGACACAUCCAGCGUAAAUGUUUUAAGCUAAAAAACAUGCAACGAGAUGCAGUAAAUAUGGUGGACCAGUACCAGCCAGGACCAAGCGAAGAUGGCCGCAUCGCAGAUCUUUUAAGCCGAAUGCGGACAGAGGACUCAGACAGCGACGAGUCAGAGACAGGUGGAAACGGAAACUGGAAGCGUUCGCCUAAUGGCCCAUCGAAACCAGCUGCGGAAGACUACUAA